AUGACGGCUGAAAUUGUUGAGCUAGACGCUCAUGAGCAGCCCUCGGAGGUGAUGCGGGCACAGUGGAAGGGAUACUCCAGAGCAGACCAAAAAGAACUCAUAGAUGGAGAUUCUCUGGAUGAUCCAAGAUCUCCAGAACAGGCUGGGAAAUUCUCACAGGCUGGCAAGAUUUCGGUUGAUCAGCUGGCCGCUGCUUUCUCACAUUUGGGCCCGCAUGCUGUCGAUACAUUGUCACUCAAAGAAGUUCCCAUCUUAUAUCACCCACUUCUGCCAGUACCAGACUUGGUUCCUCCCGAAGUGCAAAAGACCCUGCUCUCACUAAUGAUCAACCGAGAUCUCAGCGUCCCAACACAUCAAACCAAUCUUCACCUGCACUAUGACCUCCCCUACCCAAAGGCCCAAGACGGAUCGGCCGAAUCCUUCUUCUCAUACCCGCCCGAGCCAACGCCAAUAUUCACCCCCAAGGACCCCUCCGUCCACAAGCCCCUAUCGAUCAAGCAGGUCAUGGAGCGCCGUCUUCACUGGGUCACGCUAGGCGGACAGUACGACUGGACAAACCGCAUCUACCCAGAGGAGCGCCCGCCCCAGUUCCCGUCAGACAUUGCCAAAUUUCUCGAAACCAUCUUCCCUGAGACCCUGGCCCAGGCCGCCAUCGUCAACUUCUACACCCCGGGCGACACGAUGAUGAUGCACCGCGACGUCAGCGAGGAGACGGACAAGGGUCUCGUCAGCCUGAGCUUUGGCUGCGACGGCCUCUUCAUGAUUGCGCCCAACGAGCCGGACAAGAUUUCGGAAGAGGCGAGGGCGACGGGGAAGGAGUACCUCCUCCUCCGUAUUCGCUCCGGCGACGCUAUCUACAUGACCAAGGACUCGCGUUUCGCGUGGCACGGCGUACCCAAGGUCAUGAAGGGUACCUGUCCUGAUUACUUGGCUGACUGGCCAGCAGAAGAUGGAAAGUACGAAGAGUGGAAAGGCUGGAUGCAAAAUAAGAGGAUCAACCUCAACGUAAGACAGAUGAGGGACUGA